ACUUCUUCAGCAAUUUUCUUUUGGGGGUCUCUCAUUUACCGAGAUAUCCAAAAGCGCCACCCUCUCCACCCUCUUGUUAGAAAUCUGCCCUCAAACAGAAGGAGGAGUGUGAGGUGGAGCCGUUUAAGUUGGGACGCUGAGCCCAGAUCUGCAUCUGCCUUGGGAAUGGGGCUUUACUGCAGACAAGCCAAGCACCGCUGGACCACCAGAACCCCAGCUGGAGAACGCCACCCAAAAUGAAGAGAGAAAGGGGAGCCCUGUCAAGAACCUCCAGGGCCCUACGCCUCGCUCCUUUUGUCUACCUGCUUCUCAUCCAGCCAGUCCCCCUGGAGGGGGUGAACAUCACCAGCCCAGUACGUCUGAUCCACGGCACGGUGGGGAAGUCGGCCCUGCUUUCUGUGCAAUACAGUAGCACCAGCAGCGACAAGCCCGUGGUGAAGUGGCAGCUGAAGCGUGACAAGCCAGUGACUGUGGUGCAGUCUAUAGGCACGGAGGUCAUUGGCACUCUGCGGCCUGACUAUCGCGACCGUAUCCGGCUCUUUGAAAAUGGCUCCUUGCUUCUCAGCGACCUGCAGCUGGCAGAUGAGGGAACCUAUGAAGUGGAGAUCUCCAUCACUGAUGAUACCUUCACUGGGGAGAAGACCAUCAACCUCACCGUGGAUGUGCCCAUUUCAAGGCCACAGGUAUUAGUGGCUUCGACCACUGUUCUGGAGCUCAGUGAAGCCUUCACCCUCAACUGCUCCCAUGAGAAUGGCACCAAGCCUAGCUACACCUGGCUGAAGGAUGGCAAGCCCCUCCUCAAUGACUCCCGAAUGCUCCUGUCCCCUGACCAAAAGGUGCUCACCAUCACCCGAGUGCUCACGGAGGAUGAUGACCUGUACAGCUGUGUGGUGGAGAACCCUAUCAGCCAGGUCCGCAGCUUGCCUGUCAAGAUCACCGUAUACAGAAGAAGCUCCCUCUAUAUCAUCUUGUCUACAGGCGGCAUCUUCCUCCUCGUGACCCUGGUGACAGUCUGUGCCUGCUGGAAACCCUCCAAAAAGUCUAGGAAGAAGAGGAAGCUGGAGAAGCAAAGCUCCUUGGAAUACAUGGAUCAGAAUGACGACCGCCUAAAAUCAGAAGCAGACACCCUACCCCGAAGUGGAGAACAGGAUCGGAAGAACCCAAUGGCACUCUAUAUCCUGAAGGACAAGGACUCCCCAGAGCCGGAUGAGAACCCCACUGCAGAGCCUCGGAGCACUACGGAGCCCGGACCUCCUGGUUACUCUGUGUCGCCGCCGGUGCCAGGCCGCUCUCCCGGGCUGCCUAUCCGCUCAGCCCGCCGCUACCCACGCUCCCCAGCGCGCUCUCCCGCCACCGGCCGGACGCACACGUCGCCACCACGGGCCCCUAGUUCGCCUGGCCGCUCCCGCAGCUCCUCGCGCACACUGCGGACUGCUGGCGUGCACAGAAUCCGGGAGCAGGAUGAGACUGGGCAGGUGGAGAUCAGUGCCUGAGCCUCCUCGGGAGCCCGCUCC